AUGAUAUGGAACAAUAUUGAAGAUAGUAUUGAUGUUACACAAGUAUCGAAAUCGAUUGUUAACGAUCUUAAUCUUGUUUCGGAAAGAUUUAUCAUCUAUCUUCCACUUAUCUUUCUUAUCUUUGGUUUUAUUGGAUUCAUUGGAAAUAUUUUUACUUAUCUUCAAGCUGAACUUCGUUCUAAUACUUGUUGUAUUUAUUCACUUUGUGGUUCAAUCAUUGAUAUAAUAAAUCUUUCUCUCAAUUUAUUUCCAAAUUAUCUUGCUGCAAAAUAUAAUAUUUAUAUACCAUGGUAUACAUCACGUAUAACAUGUAAACUUAAUGUUUUUAUUCUUGUAUUUCUUCCUCAUUUAUCCAUUAAUUUCUUGGUUAUGGCUAUUAUUGAUCGAUUUGCUUGUACUUGCAAACUUACAUCGUCAAUACGUCGACUCAAUCAACUUAAAAUGGUACCAUGGAUGAUCACAAUUAUAAUUAUUUCAAGUUGUCUUAUUUCGAGUAAUGCACCAAUUCUUUAUGAUCUUAUGUAUGGAUAUUGGUGUAUAUCUACACAACCAAAAUUGAAUAGUAUAUUGUAUACUAUACUCAGUGGUGUCAUGCAACCAGUAAUAAUGUUAAUAUUUGUUUUACUUACUUAUAGAAAUAUACAUCAAAGUCAUCGACGAGUAGGUAGAGUAACAAUAACACAACGAAAAAGUCUACAAAAACAGUUCAUUGUAAUGACAUUUGCUCAAGUUUUUGUAACAGCUUUGUUAUCAUUACAAUGGAUUAUUGUGUAUACAUAUUUUUCAUUUACUGCAGAUUAUAAGAGGAGUUAUGAACAAUGGUCAGUUCUUUUUUUUGUCUUCUCUCUAACGAACAAUUGUUAUUAUAUAAAUAAUGUUAAAUCAUUUUAUCUUUCAAUAUUAACAUCUCAUAUAUUUCGUAAAACAUUUGUUAAAGGUUUAAUUGACAUAUUACCUCGAUAUUUAUGUCAACAAUAUCAAGUAUCACAAAUUCAACCUUCGAUGGCUACUAUUACUAGAAUAAGACCACGUGAUAUAUCCAAACGUUGA